CGCUAUCCAUGCUAAUUUUUAGACACCAACUGUUCAUUCUAUUCAUUUAUUCAUUCAUUUUCCCUUCAAAAAGAAAAAAAGACAAGUUCUUGACAUCUCCACUAACUAAUAUAUCCUAACCAGAACAAGACUAGGAAUCAUGGACCAUUUUCCAACGAACUGGGGAAACCCUCGCUCAGAGGAUGUCGAUAGCUACAACACCUAUCCUAUCUCAUCGCACAUUGGAAAGGUCCCUCACAGUGUCACCCAAAUUGCGGGCUAUGGUCACACCACUGGUCAUCCCACAUCUCAUACUCUGCAGCCAGUAGUCACAGGAACGUCAGUGCUUGGCAUCAAGUUCAAGGGGGGUGUGAUGAUGGCUGCAGAUAACUUGGCCUCCUAUGGGUCUUUGGCCCGUUUCCGUGACGUCGAGAGAUUGCACCAAGUGGCCGACUUUACUGUCCUGGGUGCUAGUGGUGACAUUUCGGAUUACCAAUACGUCAAGCACCUUAUCGACUCGCAAAUGAUCAAGGAAUACAACGCAGAUGAUGGCCACACAUUAGCGACACCCAACAUUUAUGAGUACUUAUGGCGUGUCAUGUAUAACCGCCGUUCAAAGAUGAACCCACUUUGGAACACUUUUGUUCUUGGAGGCGUCCACCAGGGCAAGAGCUUUUUGGGAGCUAUUGAUCUGAAAGGAACACCUUACCAAGCACCAUCCAUUGCCACAGGAUUCGGCUCUCAUCUUGCUCAACCCAUCUUGCGCAAGGAACUUGAAACCCGUGGAGGCGAGGAUAACAUUACGGAGGAGCAAGCGGUCGAAAUCUUGAAAAAGAGCAUGAAGGUCCUUUGGUACAGAGAUGCUAGAAGCAUGAACAAGUUCCAAUUGGCAAAGAUUACAGCAGAAGGCGUAACAAUUUCGGAACCCAUGUCUGUGGAAACAGAGUGGGCCUUUGCCGAGAAGAUUCGCGGUUAUGGUGCUUAAAGUCAGGAAAUAAAAAAUAAAGAGGAGGUUGCACGUCUCAAUAAACUCGUCAAAAGUUUAUC